AUGGGGCCCCCGGGCAAUAGGGGAUCAUGGGGCCCCUGUGUCCUUGCGCAAACUCAAAAAAGCCUAUGAAAAAGUCUCAUUGCCCCAUGGCCCAAUACCAAUCCACCUCCAGCCUGGAUCAUCCACCAUUCAGCCCACUUCUGGUGACCCCAGGGUGUCGGGGAACCACCCACUGAGUUCCAUACAGGGGCGGACUGACAACUCAUGGGGCCCCCAGGCAAUAGGGGAUCAUGGGGCCCCUGUGUCCUUGCCCAAACUCAAAAAAGCCUAUGACAAAGGUACCAGGGGCGUCUCAUGGGGCCCCCUACUGACCCCGGGCCCUUGGGCAGCGCCCGAGUUUCCAAAUGGUCAGUCCGCCCCUG